UCCAAUCUGGAGAGAGGCCUUUUCAAUAUCUGCUGAGAACGCAUGCUUGUAUUGUCUGAACCGCAAUAUCAAGUCUGAAACAGAAGGAUUCAAAUUUCGCCUGGCAUCAAACAAUUGUUCAGAGAUACCCCAUUGCACUUUGAAGAUGUGUCAAACACGAUAAGGACUUUAGUUUUUGAUACAUGUUUUCUUACCACUGGAGAAUGUGCAAUAUACAGUCAAAAGUCGUUAAUCUGGACUCGUCAGGACGUCGGCGAUUGCGGAUUAUCAAUUUUUCCGGAUUAUAGAUCAUCAGUUUAAAUCUGAGUUUGUUUCAUACAUUUGUACAUGCAGUCUGGUGUUUGGUGGAGCAUUGAGAAGUUAUUUCAUGUUCAUCAAAAGCUAAAUAAUUUUCUUCAACAUAUAAUUAAAAUACAUACCACUAUGUCUGCUUCUGUGCGAUAUUUUAGCAACAGAUUAAAUGAUUAUAGUGGUGCUGCUGUUCAGAUUUCAAAAGAGUUGUUUAAAAAUCGAUGCCUAGAUUAUGCAGGACAUAUUUUUAGACACCAGACUUUUUCUGCAGAUGACUGUGAUGGAGGGCUGUAUGUUGGUAUAGCUGGAGUUGCAUACAUGAGUUACUAUAUAUCGCAUCAUCCUGAAUUUUUAGAAAAUAGAGUGGAAUUCUUGAAUAAGAGUGAAGAAUAUAUGAAGUGUGCCCUCUCUUAUGUGGAACAGCCUAGGAUUAAAGCUGAUAAAUCUAUGCAAGCUGCAUUUCUGCUAGGUGCAAGUGGAACUUAUGCUGUAGCUGCUGUAAUUGCAAAAGCUUUGGGAAAAGAAACAGAAUAUAUUUCCUAUCUGCAAACUUAUGCCGCUUUUGCAGAUGUUUGCCUUCCUGUUAAUUUCUUACGAUGUGGAUCAGAUGAAUUGCUUGUCGGAAGAGCUGGCUAUUUAAGUGGAAUUUUAUUCUUGAGAAAAGUAUUAAAACAUCAGGUUAUCCCUGAAGAGAAACUCUUCGCUCUUUGCCAAACUGUCGUGAAAUCAGGAACCGAGUAUUCUAAAAAACACAAUUCUGCAUGUCCUUUGAUGUUUGCUUAUUAUGGUACAGAGUAUCUAGGUGCUGCCCAUGGUCUAUCUGGUAUACUUCAGAUGCUUUUAAGUUUUCCAAAUUAUCUGGAUGCUAAUCAAGAAGCUGAACAAAAAGUUAAAGGCUCUGUGGACUUCCUACUUAGCCUCCAAACUGCAUCUGGAAAUUUUCCCUGUGCCAUGGAUGAAGUGAAACGCCCCAGAGCCGAGUCAGAUGAAUUAGUGCACUGGUGUCAUGGAGCACCAGGAGUGGUAUAUUUAAUGGCAAAAGCAUUUUUGAGAUGGAAAGAAGAUAAAUAUCUGCAGUCUUGUUUAUCCUGUGGAGAAAUAGUGUGGCGAAAAGGUCUACUAAAAAAAGGGCCAGGAAUAUGUCAUGGUGUUGCAGGAAGUGGCUAUGUUUUCCUUCUGCUGUAUCGCCUAACUAAUGACAAGAAGCAUCUGCAUCGAGCUGUACAGUUUGGCAACUUUUUAUUUGAAAAUGAAUUUAAGAAAGCACGUGUACCUGACAAACCCCUCAGUUUAUAUGAAGGACUAUCUGGAACAGUUUGUUUCUUAGCAGAUCUGGUUAUGCCAGAUAAGGCCCAUUUUCCCUUUUUUGAUGUGUUUUAAGGAUUCUUUUUGGAAUUUUACUUCAUUUUUCCUCUUUGUAAAUGUGUCUGUUACAAUAUAUAUUGGUUUUGAAGUAAUUGUUAUAUGUUUUCAGAUUAUUAACUCAUGAAAAUAAACAUUUUGCAAACUGUUAGAGUAAGAUAAAAACCUGAAUACAAAAAACUAUCUAACAAAUAUAUCAUUAUUGUUUUUGCAAUAUAUCUCAUGAAAAAAAACAAAGGGCAAAAAAGAAAAUGUUUCUAAAAAUUAUAUCCAUAGCAAUUUCUACUUGCUAUUUCUGUCUAUUGUUACUUACAGUACUUCAUUAGGUUAGGUUAUUUAAUUAUAGCAAAGCCUUGAGGGCUAUCUGCCUAGACCAGUGGUGGGCAACCUUUUGAAACAGAAGAGCCAAAGUUACAAUUUACAAAAUUUCCCAGUUUUUAAAGAGCCACUGAAAAGUUUCGUUUCAAUAUUAUAGUUUUGCUUAUAUAUAGUUGAUUUCUGACUUAAAAUAAACAGCUUUAAGUACAGAAUUAUAUGUAUAUAUAAACACAAAUAUAGACAGUUACAUCAAUGGGAGCAUUGGCUUUGCAUGCCUUUUGGAUGAUUGAUUAAAUCUGGCUUAUAACUUGUUGUUUUAAGUUUCAAGCACAACUCUAGAUUUUUAUUUGUUAGUUGACUUCAAACAUUACUUUUUAUUAUAUUCAUGCAAGAGAAUGCUUGCUCGCACGAAUAUGUUGACCCGAAGAUCGUCAGUACUCCUUAUGCCAACUUCUUCACCUCACUGUACCAUUUUGGAAAACUAUUCCAUGUGCCGAAUAUGAGAGCCUCAACUCGCGGAAUUUCUCUAGCUUUAAAGCUUUCGACUUGUGCUGCUCGAUGUGCAUGCUUUUCUGGACCUCAAACUCUUCCAACUUUCUCUUGAGUUCUGUGAACUUGCCACUCCACAAGUCUUUGGUUUUCUAAUAUAGCAGUUGCAUUUGAAGCAAUCCAGCAUCAAUUACAAAAUUGUUGAUAUCAUUCAGUAUUUGCAUUGAGAGAAUUUACUAUGAACGCAAGAGUACUUUUGUCUGUUUUGAAUUGCUCGAAUCUCUCAGCGAAUCCAUCCUUCAUUUUUUUAAAGCUAUGUUGAAGUAAUUCGUGUCAAUAGUUGCAUUGGUCUCCUUGCGAUAUACUUCAGAUUUUUUAAAUUUACCGCUUUCCAUGUCUUCAACAAAAAUAAGUAAUUUGUUUUCUAAACAAACUACUUCAAGUAAGGUGUAGGCUGGGUUGCCCUUUCCUUGCAGUUUUAGAUUUAGUUCAUUUAAUUUCAUUGUGGUAUCUACCAUGAAGUAGAAUUUUUGCAGCCGUUUGUCUUUUUUCAAUUCGGGAUGGUCAGUGCUUUUUUUUUUUCAUUGAGGAAUGACUUUAUUUCACUCAAGCAGAAAGUAAAACGUUGCAGAACGUUACUUCUGGAAAGCCAUCACACUUUAUUGUGCAGAAGCAGGUCAGAAAACUGGUUAUAAUCUUAAUUACCAAGUUCAUGACCUCAACUAUUUCGGCUGGAAAUGUUACAAAGCGCUUCUUGGUGAAUUAAACAGUGAAACGUUAGAAUUUCAUGGUUUAUUUUUUUCUGAAGAAUUGAUGUUCUCCUCUGUGUAUUCCUGUCAUACUUCUGGCUCUGUCAGUUGCUAUCGAAACGAUUUUAUUUAUAUCGAUUCCAUUGUCUUCCAGGCAUUUUUGCACACGCCUUUACUAUAUUUUCUCCACGAGAAUUUGCCCUGAGAGCGAUAGCAAUCCUACAAUUCUUUGUUUGGACCUUGGGAGGACAUAUACCCUACGAAAAGGGCAACUUGUAUCGUUUAUUUUAUGUCACAAGACUCAUCUAUAGCAAGUGAUAAGGCAGAAGCCAGCUGAAUGUCUUCCACUUGCAUAUGUGUUACAUUUGAAAACAUCUUAGCAGUUCUAUCUUGUACUGUUUUUGCAGAUAAUGGCAAAUCUUUGAUUUUUUUAUGAUUUCUGCUUUGAUUUUAGUAUCAUGAAACAGUAAUUCAGAUGCACGUAUAAAACAAUCUUUGAUGUAUUUAACGUGAAUGGUUUUACUCUUUUUGCAAUUUCUAAUGAUACUGCAGAGCUUGGCAGAUUUACAUUAUUGGAAGAUUGUACCCAGUUACUUAGCAUGAAAUAUGACUGCUUUUUUUUUUUUUUUUUUUUUUUUUUUUUUUUUAAGCUCUUCAAGAGCUUUUUUCGUGCGUUCUCGGUUGGAUAUUUACGAGCAAACUGGGUUGUAUAUUGUAGUGAGGUGUCUCCCCAAAUUCGACUUCUUAUUGUGUACGAGUUUUUGGUGGCAAAUGAGACAACUCGGAAGGCCAUAUAUAUGCAUAUGAACGCAAAUGACUCCGCCCAAUCCUGAUUGAAUUCUCUGUUUUCUUCUUCAGUUCUUUUCUUUUUUUACUAGCUGCCAUGCUGACAGCGGAGCUGACAAAAUGAACAAUAGUUCAAAUUAACAGUACAAUAACAAUGGUUCAAAUUUAGCUCAUCACGGUCAUGUUAAGUGUAAUUAACGAUUAUGAAAAAAGAAAGCUAUUGAAAAAUUAGGUACUUAAAAAUAUAUUUUCUUAUUUUUUAAGGGUUUUGAUAAUAAAUUAUUAAUUUUUCUGUAUGGAACAGGAGAGCUGCAAAUUUACAUCAAAAGAGCCGCAGGUUGACGACCCCUGGCCUAGACAGUACUUCAUAUGAGGCUAGCUGUCAUUAUUUUGUAUAUAAUGAUACUUUAUUUUAAAAGCCAUCUUCAUUUUAACUGGGAUAUAUUGUAACAACAGCAAUGCAGUUUUUUGCUUUGAGUCAUUCCAAAAAGUAUUUAUUGUCUACCUUAUCAGACUGAGAAAUUUAACUGAAAAUGAUGUACAAUAAAUGAUUGAACUGUCUUAAUCUACUACUGGCUAAUCUUUUAUUUUGUUUUGCAUCAGGAAAUAAUACAUUAAUAAGAUUAUCCACACAAAAGUAUGUACAAAAAUUAUUCAUUUUAUAAUCAUUAAAAAGUACUUUAAUAAAUAAAAGUUUUCCUUC